UGUUUCAUUUGUAAUCUCAGAGAUCUUGCUUUGUGUUAACAUUAUAAUUAACGCAGGAUGUGAUUGAACCUUAUUUGCAUUUUUCUAUCAAACAUAUGUGGAUAAACACAUAUAUAUGCGAAUGACUACAAAACUGGGGCUAAAAAUAAACAAUUGCCCAAAUUUACACUGACCUUGAAAUGCAGCAACAGCUGUCAAAUGUUAAAUGAACUUAACCAAGUCACGGAAAGAUGAAUUAAAAACAAUUAGUGAUUUAAUUUAUCGACAUGAGGAACGUUGAACCUGUGUUAGAAGAUAAAAUGGACGAAGCUGUCACUCAUUAUAUAAAUUCACAUCAACCACCUGAGUCAGUACAUAUAGAUGCAAAUUCAAUGGCUCUCAAUGUGCAUGAUGAUUCCACUGGCAGAGUGGUUACUGUUAUGCACCCCCAUAAUUUUACGACUCAAAUGUGCAGACAAGUAUCAGUAGGUGACCAAGUUGGAGAAGGACCAUGGGUAGAGGAAUUCCUAGAUCCUGAAGGUAGACUAGCAGCUAUAGUGGCACAUCUAGCACAACACUCUAGGACGCAGCAUCAUUUGCAUAAAGUUCCUGUUAGGAGUGAUCUGGAUUCUUCAGUAAUUUUAGAUGCACCAAUGAGACUUUUCAACGGUCAAACAUUGCAGGAACCACACUCUGAACCCAUUGUAGUACAAGUUCCACCUCUGCCUCCAUUACCACCAUUACAAGAGAUGAAGAGAUGUCCGGAAGCGGACUGGUUUAAUAAAGACAAAAAUGAGCUUAAGGAACAGCAACUCCUUUCACAGGAUACUGUUCUGGAGUCCAGCGGAUCUCCAGCACAUAAGCAGAGUAAAAAGAGCCUGCCUCAUAAGAAGAGGAUCUCACGGAAACUAAAGCGAACCACCAAUAGCACUCCGCAGCAGGAUAUAGUAGUGAUCAAUUGUGGAUCUGAGGUUCCACAAGAAGAAAUUCUACCAGAUAGUUUCUCACACGCUCACGAAUCCCACGAUACCAAUAACGGACACGACGCCCAUGGAGCUCACGAUGCCCACGAUCCCCAUAAUCCUCACAAUACUCACAAUCUCCACAACCCCCACCAUCCUCACAAUCCUCAUAACCCCCAUAAUGCACACAAUCCUCAUGAUCCCCAUGAUCCUCAUGACACUGUUUUGCCUGAAACCCAUCAUAUUGGACAGGAGAUACGGUCGCCCCUGAUUUGUCAACUUUGCGGCGAAUACUACGGUCACGAACAGCUGAAGUUCUACCAUCAUCUCAAACAGCAUUACGAGCCACAGCUCGUGUUAGACACUCCCGACCUACCAAUUGACAAGAUGACAAAUACGUGUAUAGACAAUGUGGCAACUCUUCCGGAUUCGAUAGUGGAACUAUCACUAGAAAAUACAGUACCAAGGAUAAUAUACCCUCCGCAGGACAAAACAUUUUGCAGCUAUAAGAUUCCGUUUACUUCAACUAAUAUGGAAAAGGAACAGGAACAGGGAAGAGUUGAUUUAUUUGAUUCAUUGGACAAACUGGAAAUGUAUUUCUGCACAAAGUGUAAUAAAUCAUUCAGGAAGCAGAAACAAUGUGAGAUCCAUAUAAAAGAAGCUCAUCUGAAUCAGAAGAUGGAUGAUAUAUCCGAGUUCAGUGACCCUGAGGAUCUCAUGGAGGGCAUACAUGUGGCGGUAGAAGAGGGAGGAGGAGAGGGGGAAGGCGGUGGAGACUGUAGCAGUGAGCAGUACGACCAGGCUCUACUACCGCAUCUGACAGUAGAAAACGGACACGUACAUCAAGAACAUGUUAGACACUGGUAUAUGAGGAAUGGGUCAAACAGUUCGGUGCCACUUUGCACAUGUGGCGGUGCGGGUUACUGUGCUAUGUGCACUCAUGCACACACGCCCACCAUUCAACCCACACAGACGAUACACACACAGACCAUACAUACCCAGAGCUCUGACAUGCCCUUGCCCAGUGUGACCAGUGUCAGCCACGUGACAACCAGCCACGUGACCAAUGUCAAUCAUGUGACCAGCGUCACUCACACCAGCAAUGUUAACGUCAGUCAGAAUGUAGCAGUCAGUCAGAGGACGGAAAAAGAUGAGUCGCUACAGAGGAUGUUCGAAACUGAGAAUCACAGUCAGGAAAACUUCACAGAGAACAUUCUAGAACAACAGGAGCUGAACAUCAAAGUUGAACAGCCAGUAGAAGUUAAACAGGAGAAGAAAAAGCCCACUAAGACCUUCGAGUGUUCGCAUUGUGAUAGAGUGUUCCAUCAUAGAAACAGCCUGUUCUAUCACACGUUGAUGCAUAGCGAGAAGCAACAAGUCUGUAGAGAGUGUGGGAAGGAAUUUUACACCGUCAAUGCUCUUAAGAUCCACAAGCGAGUUCACAGUGACUACCGGCCUUGUAAGUGUGACGAGUGCGGAAGAGAUUUCAGGCAGUGGUCAGAUCUGAAGUACCACAAGGCAUCCAUACACUCCGAUAAGAAAAACUUCAAAUGCGAAUUCUGUGGUAAGGAGUUUGCUCGGCGCUAUUCUCUUAACGUACACAGACGUAUACACACCGGCGAGAGGAACUACAAGUGCGAGUACUGCAACAAGUCUUUUAGGGCCUCGUCCUACAGGCUGAUUCAUAUGAGGACACACACUGGUACUAAGCCCUAUAAAUGUACACAAUGUGAGAAAUGUUUCCGUGUGGCUUACGAUCUGCGACGACACAUGCUGAUACACGACAAAGUAAGAGUCCGAGGUGAGGAACAAAAGAAUAAAACAAAGGAAAAGAAACAGAACGACACUAAGGAAGAAACGAAGGAAACAAAGGCCGCUAAGGCAGACGAGAAGAAGGAAACAAAGCUACCAAUAUUAAAAAGUCUGCUAGAUAAGAAACAAACUAAACCACCAAAGAAAUCACCUAAAAAGGCACCAAAUGUAACAGUUCAGAGUAGAUCCAACGAACAAUUUAAAAUGGACCCAGAUUAUAACAACGAAGUGUUCGACACGAGACAGGAACAGUAUAAAUUUAAAGUGUACUCAAAUGAAUUUAAACAAAAAGACUAUAUAGAAGAAGUCAGACUAGAGGGAAGGUCAGAGGACAGAGAACUGGCAACACUAAGGACAUUGAAAAAUCAGGAAUGUGAAAAUAUUGAGACGAACAAGCUGCCUUAUAGAGAAAACACUGACGGGAAGAUGCAGGUUUACACACAAAUAGAAAAAACAAAGGAAUAUAGUGGACCUAUAGUUACCAAUGCAGUAUCAUUAAGUGAUAUGAGGAGUUUAGACCGUGAGUCCAGGGACAUGAGGAACGAGGUUCACGGUGAGACCAUUGACAGUGCACUCCUGGAGCGUUUGUCUGCUUAUUAUAAUAAUAACAUUCCGGCCGUAUGAAAAUUAUGGUGGAAAACUCGGUACCUGCCAGACAAACAGACUAUGUAGUGACAUUUAUUAGGUACUAAUGACAUGAACAUUGGUUAUCAGUGUAGGUUAGGGAUGUGUUGAAUAUGUAAUGCAACUGUGUGGGUGGAUAUCAGCGAGGUGAUUGUAUAUAAAAUAAAAUAAUUAAUAAUUUACUAUUAGUAAUUAUGGAAUGUUACUUUGAAGUAUAAGGACCCUGUGAGUGUUAUUAUAUAAUCUAUAGCGUUUUAAUGUAAUGCAUCUGUGAUAGCGUUACUUAGUGAGGCCAAAAACUUAUCUGUAAAGAUGAAUUUGGAUGUAAAAAUUAUGUUUAUUUAUACUAUGUAGUAAGGUUAUCACAAUUUAAUAUAGAUGUUUGCGAGAUUUAAACAUUAAUAAGAAUUAAUUUGAUCCUAUUUUUUAGUUUUGGGCUUUCUCAAAACCCAUGUAAUUGAUAUUAAAGUAUCAGGAAAAACGUGUAACUUUCUCUCGUUACAAACGUUUUUUGAUGUCUAAUAAAAUAUCAUCCCGGUUAAAACAUUGUUAUAUAUAAAGAAUAGUAAUUUAUGUAUGUCUAGGAGAUUUAGUCCAAAUAUAACUACAUAUAUUAACUUUUCAGCCCUCAUUAUAAUACCCGCACUAAUUAAAGAGCACUUAUCGGAAUUAAUUAGCUAUCGCACUAAUUUAUGAUAUGACUGGUGAUCUACACACGAGAAGAAUAAUCACUUGAAUAUUGAAUAAAAUAACAUUAUAACAACAGUAGAUACUUUUGUAAAUAUUUUGAAAAUACAUAAAAUGUUAGACCCAGUUUAACCAAUCUCUGUUUGUUAAAUCUAAACAAGGCAUUUACUAACGAACCUUCAAAAAUAUAGUUGUCUGUUAAAAAAUUUACGUCCCACUAAGAAAAUGAACAAGGCAUUAUUAAAUGACACGUUGAAUGACCGGCUACCAGAUUAUUCGUUCUUGUUAUAAUACGACCAAAAUGAAGUAAUCACGUUUAAUAUGGCGUGUUUGUUGCGAUGCGCCACUUUGUCCCUUGAUCGUAUAUCUCCCUUGAUACGUCACUUGUUAGCCAAUGCGACCAAAUUUUAUAUAUCGUUGAUUGCAUAGAUUUUUCAUACAAACAGCUUUCUUUUCAGUUUCCUAGGUGUAACCUGUCAAAAUCGUGUUGUCGAUAAAUUGCGUUAUAUAUUUUUGUUUUAUAAAUUGCGUUCAAGUUAUAAGAGAUGAAAGGAGAACUUAAUUUACAACGUCAUAGAAAAGCCGGAGGCAAAAUUUUUCAUCACAUGAAAAAGAAAUUUUAAUUCACCUUAUUAAUAAACACAAGGAUAUAGUCGAAACUGACAAAACAGAUGCCGUUGCUAUGGCUACAAAAAACCAGGGGUGCGAUUGGACAUUUGAAUUAUGACUAUACAAUAGAUUAACAGUCCGUUAGCCAUUUGACGGACCUCUAGAGCAGUAAUUAAUAUUAAUGUCUUGCUAAGACAUUUAAACAGACAUUAUUGCGUGGUGGGACGCUCGAUACAUUUAACAGAUCAUCAAACGCUUUAACAAGCGCAUUUAUUUAACAUUGAUUGGUGGAGCUGGGUGUUAAUCUUCUAAACUUUAUUCGUGUCCUAUUAAGCGUAGGUUAGAUAAAAUGGACUUAAGAUAAAUCUACUCUGUGGGUGGUAAAGACACCCAUUCAUGUGUACCUACCCUCAAAAUCUCGCAAGCAAAUUGCCUAACUUAGAAAUCUUGUUUCAUAAUAAUACGAAACCACCGUAAUUGUAUAUAUUAUGUAGAUAUGUGUAUAGCCGCAUACUUACUUAUUUAACUUUUUCUAUAUAUAAUCUAUGUUCGAACAAUAUUAGCACAGUAUAAUAAAGACUACUGCCAUU